AUGUCGUCGUCGUCUUCGUUCAGGAACCAUAGGGUUCUCAUCGCGUCGCUUUUCUUGCCCAAUACCAUCGUUCUCGGUACAGACGGGUCAGGAAAGUCGACGCCGGACAAUCUCGCUCCUCGGACGACGUCGAAGGCCAAUGGCGUCUCCUCUGCUGUGAAACCCAAAGAGAUAAACAUGCCAGAGGUUGUCCUGAGGCUUCAGAAUGACAAGACGAAGCCAGCGGUGCUCUCGAGGGCCGCACCAUUAAAGAGUAUUGUAGAGGAUUUGAAGGAUCGAUCGCGGCAUCCUACAGGUGCCCCAACGUCGCCAGUGAACGAGUCCAGUAAUCCAUUCUCUAAAAUAAAUACACCUUCAUCGAUAGCCAAGUCUCCCAGCGCAGGCGACUUGUUGUCGCCAACGAAAGGACCGCCGCUUUCCUAUAGAACUCCAAACCAACGUCGUUUACGCCGUCGCACCUCUUCUCGUUCACUCUCCCGACGAGCAGAUCAAGUUCCGUAUUCUCCUGACCUCGACGGUCCAAAUCCCGAUUUCCAUAUCGAACCUAACGCCCACUGUAAUGGUGGUCUCAAAAAUGCAGUAGACUCGGUAUCAUUCAGUUCAGCCCGACCACAGCUAAGGAAGAAAUUGUGGGUCGGGACCUUGGGCGUGGAGACGGAUAGUUGGAACGACACGCUCCGUCAGCGCACGUCGACGCGUCUUCGAGCUGGAGGUUACGAAAGCGAGGUUGUCUGGGUCGAGGAUGCCGUGUUUGAAGGGUGCUACGACGAAUUUUGCCACCAAGUCCUGUGGCCGGCCCUGCACUACGCCAUUCCUGAUGCGCCGAAGACUACGAUGUUCUACGAGAGCGCCAGUUUCAAGCAAUACGUCAAGGUCAACCAGAAAUUCGCCGAUACGAUCAAGGAAGUCUGGCGGGAAGGCGAUGUGGUCUGGGUGAAUGAUUACCAUCUGAUGCUCCUUCCUGCCAUGCUGCGAGCGGCGGGCGUGACGGGCCCCAUCGGAUUCUUUAUGCAUGUCGCCUUUCCAUCGUCAGAAAUCUUCCGGUGCCUGUCCGUGCGGGAAAAGCUGUUGAAGGGAAUGCUUGGCGCUGAUUUGGUGGGAUUCCAGACGGCAAAUUUCGCGCGCCAUUUCAGGCAGACAUGCUCUCGCAUUCUGGCCGUCGAGGCGCUCCCAAGGGGUAUUCAACUUAUGGCCGAGGAAGAAGGAACUAGUCAGGAAGGUAGAGGGAGGUUCGUCGAUGUCGGAGUGUAUCCUAUGGGCAUCGAUGUCGCGCUUCUGAGGGAGAGAAAGCGCGAACCGGAAGUGUCAGAGUGGAUAGCCGUGCUGAAACAGCGAUAUGCAGGGAUGAAGCUCAUCGUUGGUCGAGACAAGAUGGACGAGAUCCAGGGCGUUAAGCAAAAAAUUCAAGCCUUUGAACUCUUCUUGGAGAAACAUCCCGAGUAUCAAGGCAAAGUUGUUCUCAUCCAGAUUGCGAUACCUUCUAACGCUCCGCGAUCACCGAACACAGCUACGCCCAAUUCGGCCCUUACAGAUCAGAUCUUGACCACGGUAUCUUCCAUCAACUCCCGCUUUUCGACUCUUACGUACCAGCCUAUCGUGUUUUUGCCAACGUCGGACGUUACCUACUCUCAGUACCUUGCUUUGCUCACUUGCGCCGAUGCGUUCAUUGUCACCUCACUUCGGGAGGGGAUGGCCCUUCGAACACACGAAUUCGUCGUCCUCCAAGAGGGAAAAGAACGCGGCAAGGAAGGUGUACUCGUUUUAAGCGAGUUUACCGGCAGUUGGAGCUUCAGAGGCUUUAGGAGCUGUAUCGGCAUUAACCCUUGGGAUAAAACCGGAACGGCUAACGGCAUCUACGAGGCGCUUAACGAUACAUGCGAGAAGGAUAUGACUGAAGGACGGUGUCGUAGGUGGGAGGAGCUUCUCGGCUGGGUUGAAGAGCAGAGCGCGCAGAAAUUCGUCACCGGAUUUCUAGGUCGCUGCUCACGCGCCUGGCAGGAACAUCAACGGGGGACAGAAGGUGGCAAUAGCGGGAGCGUAGAAGUGUUGGAUAAGAGUAAGAUUGGACGUGUUCUUGUGCAAUGGAGGCACUGCUCGAGAAGGCUUGUUCUGGUUGACUUGGAGGGCACGCUGUGGGAUCGGGAGAAGUUUAGGUUCAAGAUGAAGUUCAAGAAGGGCGUAGACGUGCUGGAUCCGGGACUCAAGGUGGCGAUCGAAGUGCUCAGAUACCUGAGCGCCGAUAAGAGGAACGAGGUAUGGGUGCUUAGUGGCUUGACUGUCCAGGGCGCACUCGGUGUCGUAGCCAAAGAGCUACCGGACAUUGGGAUAGUUGCUGAAAAUGGGUGUUUCAUAAAGACGAGGCCACGACGCGGCCAAUCUUCCCAGUGGAUCAACAUGGUUGGGAAUCUGAACAUGACGUGGAAAUCCUCCUGCGUCGAGAUGCUCAAUUAUUUCACUGAACGCACCCCAAACUCGUUCGUUGAAGAGCGCCAGACCUCGGUGGUGUGGCGAUUCUGGACAGGUGAUCCCACCGAAGAAUCUGCUGAUCGUCAGUGGGCUCGAAGACAAGCUGCCGAAGCUCAGAACCACAUCUUCGACAGUCUAGGCGAACGAUAUGGGCUCCGGAUCAUACCCGGUGCGAAUAGCUUCCUCGUUCUUCCGAACAAUAUCUCUCGGUCGACUGCGGUGGGUGCGAUCCUGCAUCCUGGUGGACCUUCACAUGCGCCGCUAUCUGGAAGGUCGGCGUGGACGUCGAAUGAUCUAGCUAUGGCUUCUGGAGACGACCUGGAGUUUGUUCUUGCCGUGAGCGGGGACGAGAAGCUCCUGCGCAGGUUGAACGAGCUGGAUACGGCCGAGACGUGCUCGACAAGCGGCAAAGGCACCGAUGCAAAGUGGCGAGUGGAUCGGUCGCAGGCGGGUGAAUUGUUGACUAUUUUUGCGGCUGUGUAG